AUGGAUUGUGGCUUAAUUCCUGAUUAAAAAGCAAUUAUUAACAUGUAUAUAGCUUUAGAAACAGAUAAAAAUAUAGGAGGAGUAUGUGGUUUUAUGGGAAUAAAAUUUUAAGAUGUAUAUUCAGAAGCUAUAAUAAGAACUUAAAUGUACGAAUAUAAUAUGGGUCAUAUGUUAGAUAAACCUUUUGAAUCUUUAUUUGGAUAUAUAUAAGUUUUACCUGGCGCAUUUAGUGGAUAUAGAUGGGAUGCAUUAAAAAGAGAUGAUGAUGGUGAAUGUAUUUUAGAUGAAUAUUUAAUAAGUGAAUUAGAUCCUGAUAUUAUUUUAACUUUAGAAUAAAAGAAUAUGUUUUUAGCCGAGGAUAGAAUUUUAUGUUUAAAAAUUUUUUCUAAAAGAAAAAAGGCCUAUACAUUAAGAUAUCUUCCAAAUGCAAAAGCUAGAGUAGAUCCAAUUACACAUUUAAUGGCCUUAGUGGGAUAAAGAAGAAGAUGGAUUAAUGGUUCAUACUUUGCAUUAAAAAAGCUUUUGAAAAAUCAAGCUAUGACAUAUAUAUCAGUCGCAUUAUUUUUUGUAAUUGUAUUUAUUAUGGUUAUGACAUCAGUUACUUAAGUUACUUUAAGUGGAUAUUAAUAAGGGCAUGAUCCUAUAUUUUAAAUAUUUGGGACAACAGUUUUUAUAACUCUUUAUAUUAUGAGUAUUUUAGGAAUUAUGUUUUACUCAAUUUCAUUUAAUAAUCAAAAUCAUUAAGUUUAAAGAAAUUUUUAUAAAAUAUCAACUUUUUUAGGAAUAAUAAUGAUUGUUGCUGUAUGUCUUAUGACUUAUUAUAUUAUUGAAAUAGCUUAUUAUAUGGUUUAGAAAUAUUUAUUGCAUGCUUCAAUUACAGAAUUAAGUAAUAUUGGUAUAUUAACAGAAUGGGAAGAUGGCAUUUUGAAAACAAUAUUUUGUGGACUAGUAGUUUUUGGAUUUUUAUUAAAUUUAGUACCAAUUUUAAUAUAUCCUACAAGAAUUUUAGAAACAAUGAAAUGUACUUUUGAUUUUAUUGCAUAUUAAGCGACAUAUGUACAUUUACUUUUAGUUUAUGCUAUAUGUAGAAUAGAUGAUUUAUCAUGGGGAACAAAAAAUACAG